AUGAAGACUACAAGAAAAUGUUGCGCAGUUUCCCUUCUUGUUUACAGAAUAAUUGUCUAUUCCCUGCUAUUAACUGUAACUUAUAAAAUGCUUGGAAGUUGCUAGCUACCACAUUUGCACUAGGUUGUAACAGUAGGGCACCUUGAAGAUCAGGAAAAUGAAUAAAUUUUGCUGCGGAGAAGAACUGGCGAGCUUGGUGGUGAGCUCAGAUCUGCUCAAUCAUUCAUGGCGUUCGAUCUUAGAUUGCUAUCCACUCGCCGAUCCCGCCGGGACGCUUUCCGUUGUGUUCAAGCCUUCCGCUUAUCAGGACGCCAUUUUUGUGGCUUUUGUAACCUCGCCGGCCGCUACUUCGCAUCAUCUUCAAACGCAAGGCGGCGGCGAUUGGAUCUCAUCGGAAGAGCUAAGGAGUUCUCUACCGCGAUUUCCAUUCGAUUUCCUCUGCACAAAACUCAACCCUUCCUUCCGCGUUCACAGAGCAGCAAUUGAACUUUUUGCUUCCAUUGGUGAGCACCUUGAUCUGCUCAAGCACCAGUUAUGCAAUGCCACUCAGACUCAGCUAAUUAUCACUGGCCAUUCUCUUGGGGGUUCUGUGGCAUCCCUCUUCACCUUGUGGCUACUUGACAGCCUUUCAUCCAAGGACAAAAAGCAUCUGCUUUGCAUCACGUUUGGUUCACCGCUCGUUGGUGAUCACAGUUUCCAGCAAGCCAUAUCGGAACGUACAUCGUGGAAUCCAUGUUUUUUGCAUGUUGUCCACAAGCAUGAUCCAGUUCCCUGGAGUUUCAUCUGCCAACAAAUCCAAGCCAAUUACAAGCCAUUUGGCAUAUUCUUAUUAUGCUCAGAGUCGAACUGUUCGUGUUUUGAGCAACCUGAAGCGACUCUGGUGGCAAUGAUGGCAAUGAGCUCAGAAGUUGCACAAAGCCAGUAUCCGAGCAAUAGUGUUGAGAUCAACGGGCAGAUUUUGAGAUGGAUCGAGCCUAAAACAGUGCGUCAAGGAACUUCACUGCCCUGGAACUUAAGUGCCACUCCACUUCAAGCAGGGAUCGCUAUACAGCUAGAAGCAAUUGGAGUUGAUGUGAGAAAUAGUAACUUCAACUCUCUUGUUACGAACAUAGAGAGAAACUUGGCAAGUGCUUUUAAGAGAAGUGCAUUUGAUCCGUCCAAGAAGCUAAAUGAGAUGAAAAAGGACAUGAUUUGUCUUGAGUGGUACAAGAAGUCUAUGGAUGAAGAAGGCGGGUACUAUGAUUCUUUCAAAAAUGUACAGUUCCAAAGUGGAGAAAAGAUUAUAAGUAGACAAGAAAUUAUCAAGCACAAGAAAAUCCUGGAUAGGUACUGGAAGCGAAUGGUUGAAGAAGUAGAGAAAAUGCCCCAGAAAGAAGGGAUUGCAUUUCGCACUCGCUGGCUUUAUGCAGGAACAGCUUAUAGAAGAAUGGUUGAGCCACUAGACAUAGCUGAAUACUACAGGGAUGGAAAGAGAGGCUAUAGACAUGGAGGAAGAAUCGAAAAUUUUAAACACUAUCUACAGUUGGAGAAAUGGCUGAAUGAAGACAAACAGCCAGUAAGUUCAAAAACGAGAAACAAACCUGUUAGCCUCACCGAAGAUUCUUGCUUCUGGGGAGAUGUAGAAGAGGCAGUCAUUUGUUGCAAAAUAUUGGGAGAUGGGCAAAGCAGCAUUGAGGAGAAGGCAUUGUCAAGAGACUAUUUGGUAAGAUUUGAAGAGUAUGUGAUGAAGUCAAUACUUAGCUAUUCAGUAUCCUCUGAAAUUUUUCUGGAAGGGAGCACCUUCAGGCAGUGGUGGCGGGGAUACAAUGAAAUUAUUGAACCCUCUUACACUUCGCCCUUGACCUUGUUUAUGAAAAAUCAAGAAUAUCGUGCUUAUAUUUGUGAUGAAUAUCGUGCUUAUGUUUAGCAACUUCUUGUUUCCACACAACUGUGCUUGCUACAAACCUUGUAUAUAAUUUGUAUUUUGUAAGAAUAAGCUAAUUAAAUAGGUUGUUUGAUCUUUUAGUAUGGCUAGCUCUUUAACUUCAAA